GCAAACCCACGGGAUUCGCAGGUAGUGUUCUUUUUGUUUUAUUUUAGCUACCGUCUAUUUCAUCUUCAAUAUUUUUCCAUGGCGGAGAUUGCGGAGCUUUUGCCCUUCCUCGACGACGAGGAGGAGGAAGAAGAAGAAGCUAAGGAAGACGAAGAACAGGAGGACGAAUCGCUCUAUUGGUCCUCCCCUCUCAAUCCCACUGUCGGUUUUAUUGUGGGCUGCUGGAGCUCCUCCUCCGAUUCCGAGGAAUCCGCCAUUACUGCCUCUGAAUGCUGCGACUAUCACAUACCCCUUCCCCAUGAUUUAUCCGACCACACGCCUCCGUCGCCUAUUUUUGACUGCUAUCCUGAAGCCCUAGAUGCCCGUGAUUUUCGGUUGUUUGAUUUCUCCGAUGAAAGCGAGUUAGAAGCGAUUGGGAAUGGACUCUUUGUGGGCAGCCCUGAAUCGCGCGAUGGAGACAUCCGGUUUGUGGGUUCUGGAUCUGAUUUAGAUUCGUCGGAAUACGAUGGCGUCAUCGCUGCAACGGAUUGCGACGGCGUUAGCGUAGCCCCUGAUCGGACACCAGGUCUCCGGUUCAUGGGCUUUCGAUCGGAUUCAGAAUUGUUGGAACGCGAUGUCGUGAUUGCUUCCACGGAUCGCGAUACUGUUAGUGUAGCCCCGGAUUGGGCACCAAGCCUCCGGUUUGUGGGUUUUGGAUCUGAUUCAGAUUCGUCGGAACCGGAUGGCGUCAUCCCUUCCACGGAUCUCGAUAUCGUUAGCGUAGCGCCGGAUCGGGCCCCAGGCCUCCGGUUCGUGGGUUUUGGAUCUGAUUCAGAUUCGUCGGAACACGAUGGCGUGAUCGCUGCCACGGAUUGCGAUGCCGUUAGCGCAGGCCCGGAUCGGACACCAGACGGUCUGGGCCAGCACCUUAGCUGGGGUUUUAUCCCCGUUGAUGAGGAACGGAGAAACUCCAGCGAAGAGUUCGAGUGGGAGGAAGUGGACGAUCGGCUUGAUGAUCGUGGGGUUCUUAGCAUGAUGGUUGGCAUUAACGAUGAUGAGACAUCGAGUGGAAGAGGAGAGGUGAUCGAUGUUCAAUUCGAGCCAGAGGAAGCGCGUGGAGAAGUGGAAGAAGAGGAUGUCAUUGGCACUGGAAGCAAUAUCGUCUGGGAGGUUCUCUUGGCAAUGAAUAAUCAUGCAAUGGCCAGAAACAACGCUGGGACUACUGUUGAGCACAUUGAAGACAUACCUGAUUUAGAAGAUGAGGUCUUCCUCAGCCCCUCUGAUUAUGAUUUCCAAUUCGGACUACUUGACCAUGAUAAUAUAAUUAGAGGAAGUCCUCCGGCAGCCAAACUUGUUGUCGAUUCACUCCCAUCCAUCAUACUAACUGAGGAAGAUUUGGCAAACAAUACCUGCUUGUGUGCGAUUUGUAAGGAUGAGUUUGCACUGGAGGAGAAGACAAAACAGCUGCCAUGUUUUCACCUUUACCAUAGUGACUGUAUCCUGCCAUGGUUAGGGAUUCGGAACACCUGUCCUGUGUGCCGGUAUGAAUUGCCAACAGACAAUCCAGAGUAUGAGAGGUUGAAGGCUGGGAUAUGAGCUGGCGUUGCAGUUACACUGAAUGCUUUGUUCAGGUUUGAUUUUGACUCAUUUACAAGUUUAGAUUUUAGUGUGCAAAGCAAGAAAAAUUACCAUGUAUGUUUUAACAGUUUAGGUUUAUCAAGGCUACCGAGUUUUCCUUUCUUUUUGGUUCUUAUGUACAAAGGUGUUAUGUUAACUUGAGUUGAAUUUUUAUCUUGUUUGA